AUGAUAAUUUAUCUUCUUUCUGGUCCUCGAAAUUUUUCAACAGCUCUUAUGUAUUCGUUCAAUCAACGUCCUGAUACCGUUGUCAUCGAUGAGCCAUUCUAUGCACUUUGGUUAAAAAGAAUUGGUAAAAUACAACCACAUCAUGAUGAAAUAAUGUUAACUCUAGAAUAUUAUGGAAAUGCAAAUAAAAUACAUGAUAAAAUAGAAGAAAAUGAAAAUAUUAAAGGAAAUAUUUUUGUUAAAAAUAUGGCUAAUACAGUAGAAGAUAUGAAUAAAAAUCGUAUAUUAAAUUAUUAUCCUAUAUUUCUUAUACGUGAUCCAGCUGAAGUUAUUAUGUCAC